GUGGUUGCAUUUUUAUACAAGAAUGCGCAUUUUAUAUGAUUUCAAAUUAUAGUGUACAUCAAACUUUUUACAAGCACGUAUGUCGAUAAUAUAUACCAGCAGCAUACGUGUGUGCUGGGACAAAUGCAAACAGCCACUAAGUACAUUUAGAUAGCAAAUGUGUGUGUGUUUGACUGUCAAAGUGUGUGUCAGUAACCUUCAGGCGUAAUGGCAGCAGUAACAUUGGUGCUGUGUGUGGGAGGUGUGUGUUUCUGACAGUCCUGUGAGUGUGUGUCGGAGGAAAUACAUCGAGUGUGUUAAGCUUCAGAUGAUUUGACUGACCGUUUCAGUUUCAGCUCGUCGUCAUCAGAUUGGCAGAGCGAUGGCUUUGACCUUCGCCCUGAUCACGCAGCGGAGACUCUAAUAUCACGCUUCAUGCCUGCAGUCUCAGCAUGGAUCCCGCAGGGCACAAGUACUUCACUGUUAUUGAUUAUGUGAUAUUUGGGUUAUUGCUGGUGGCCUCCAUGUCCAUCGGCCUGUACUACGCCUUCACUGGAGGACGGCAGAGCACCACACAAGAGUUCCUGAUCGCCGACAGGAGCAUGAAGUGUCUGCCGCUCUCUCUGUCUCUCAUGGCCACUUUCCAGUCAGCUGUGGCCAUCAUUGGCACCCCGGCUGAGGUGUACGCCCAUGGCACGCAGUAUUGGUUCAUUGGCUGCUCAUAUGUCCUGGGUCUCCUGAUUCCAGCACACAUUUUCAUUCCCCUGUUCUACAGACUGCACCUCACCAGUGUUUAUCAGUAUUUGGAGCUGCGCUUCUGCAAAGCCGUCCGCAUAUGUGGCACUGUUACAUUCAUCUUUCAGAUGGUUAUUUAUAUGGGUGUUGGCAUCUAUACACCUGCUCUCGCGCUGAAUGCAGUUACUGGUUUUCAUUUAUGGGGAGCAGUGUUGGCGACUGGAUUAGUGUGCACUCUUUAUACAGCACUGGGUGGGCUGAAGGCGGUGGUCUGGACGGAUGUUUUCCAAACAGUGGUCAUGUUCACUGGUCAGCUGGCCGUCAUCAUUGUUGGUGUUCACCAGGCUGGUGGUCUUUCUGAAGCCUGGGGUAAAGUCAGAGACGGUGGACGCAUCUCUGGGAUUGACCUGAAUCCUGACCCGACGGUGAGACACACGUUCUGGACGUUGGCUGUUGGAGGAGUGUUUCUCAUGCUGUCUCUGUAUGGAGUAAACCAGGCCCAGGUUCAGCGCUACCUCAGCUCUCGAACAGAGAGAGAAGCCGUCAUGUCCUGCUACAUGGUCUUUCCCUGCCUUCAGCUGGCUUUAUUGCUCAGUUGUCUGAUGGGAUUGGUCAUGUUCGCCUGUUACGGCCAAAACAGCCCCGUUGAGCAGCAGUACAUCACAUCCAAAGACCAGAUGGUGCUGUACUUUGUUAUGGACAUGUUGCAGAAUUUCCCUGGACUUCCUGGAUUGUUUGUGGCGUGUUUAUUUAGUGCGUCUCUCAGUACGAUAUCAUCAGCUUUUAACUCAUUGGCCACAGUGACAAUGGUGGACCUGAUCAAACCGCAUUACUCGAUGACGGAGGCCAGAGCCACACUGCUGUCAAAGCUGCUGGCUCUGUCAUAUGGGAUUAUAUGUCUGGCUAUGGCUUAUCUCGUCCAUUUGAUGAACAGUUCAGUUCUUCAGGCUGCUCUUAGUAUCUUUGGGAUGAUCGGCGGUCCGCUGCUUGGUCUCUUCUGUCUCGGCAUCUUUUUUCCAUGUGCAAACAGCAUUGGAGCUGUAACAGGACUUUCAGCAGGUCUGCUCAUGGCAUUCUGGGUUGGCAUUGGAGGUUUUUUGACUCGGAUGCCCAGUCCUGUGAUUCCCCUGCUUAACUCCACUAUCACAGUACCAGACGUAUCUGAAAACAUCACAGCGGCGACUGCUGAACUAGAAGCUGACAGCAGGUCUGCGGGUCUGCAUGGGUUUUAUUCUCUGUCCUACAUGUGGUACAGCGCUCUCAGCUCCUGCACUGUGCUUAUCGUUGGACUCAUUAUCAGCUGCAUCACAGGCCCAACAAAAGGAGACGAUGUGGCCUCGGGCACAGUAUAUCCUGUGGUGAAAACAGCUCAGUCUUAUCUGAAGCCCAGCACUUGCUGUAAAACUACUGCUGAGCACAAGCAGGUUGACGGUCAGAAAGAAAUGAAUGGCACCGUAAAGGAAGAUGCUGGAAGUCAGGAAGAGACGCAAAGAUUUCUGCCUGAUGUGGAGCUGGAGACCUCAGUGUAACACUGUAAAUAUCUGUAUAUUGCUGGUGUAAGUAUUCUGAGGGAAACAACUUUAUCUAGGUGUAAUAUUUUGUAAUAGACUGUAUAUCUGUCACAUUUGUAUUCUUUUUUUAUGUCUAGCUGCUGUAUAUAAAACCAAAGAAAAUAUUUUUUACAAAUGCACUGUAAUAAAGUCUGUAAAGAUGUGAAGUACAAAUUCAAAUGACAGAGAGAAUGUUCUUUUCUAAUAAAAGUAUGUGCAUCAUG